AUGAGUCUUCAUACAAAUGUACAAACUCCUGUGAGACCUACGCUGAUUUCUGAUAGAAGUGGGGGUCUGGUAUUUACGGCCCAAAAAACGAUAGAAAGACGUACCAGUGGUCGUCGACCUUGUGAAGCUUCUCCUGAUCAGGAACGUCGAAUAUCUCAACGAGAAAAGCAGGUUUCUUAUGGUUAUGCUACAGAAGGUUAUCGCAAUAUGAUUAAAUUAAUUAAUCAUGAUCCUUUGUUAAAAAGUGGAGGUAUUCUUCCAUUAUCACCUCCGGAUGUUAACAAAGGGAGUAAGCGCUCUUGGGAUGUUUCGUUGCGAAAAUGGCGUCGAGCACUUCAUAUGUUUGAUUCUGUAUAUGUUGAAGGAGAGGAUGAGGGUACAAAAACAUUGGACGGAAUUGUGGAAGAACAACGUCUUCAGUGGGUGAGUCCAGUUUUUCCAGAUUCAUCAAAGAAAAAACGUGUGCGCAUUUCAGCAGAUAAAAUACGAGAAGCACGGAACUCAUGUUAUGUCCCCACAAGGAUACCUGUGGAAGAAAAUUUAAAAUUUAUUCUUCGCAGCGAAGAUUGUUAUGAACCGGUAAGUAAUGUUGUUCCUCCCUCAGCAUCUUCAUUAAUAAAAGGUACUGAUAUAUCUCAUGUGGAUGCAGGUAUUAAAAUUUAUGUUGCACCUUCUGUACAUAAUAAACCGACAUCUACUCCUGAGAAACUUGGUAUAAUUUCACAACAAGAAACCCCACAACAUAUCAAUUAUGACGUCACUACCCCAGCAUCAAGAAAUAAUUGUUCUAAUAAUAUGAAUGUGUUCCCAGGUUCUCUUACAGGUCAUAAACUACAUUCUUCUGAGGAUAUUCCACCAUGGGUCACACCAUCCUUUGUACCGUUUGAUCCAAGAUACAGCUCUCCAUUAACGUUACCACAUCAUCAUAAUUCACAACUUAUUUCUACUGGUGCACCUAUGCAACCACCGGCUCGACAGUGGGAUAGCCUUUUUGCCCUUCCAGCUUAUACACAACCAACUCAGAAUGUUUCUUCGUCACCUUCGAUGUUUGAUAAAAUGUGUACACCCACAACUGCACCUCGAAGAGUUACACUUCUUUCAAGCAGUGGAAAGGAAACGAAGUUGUGUGAUGUAGAACUUUUACGGCGAAAUCUUUUCGCUAAUCACACAGUUUCUCCUUGUGAUUCCUCUGUGAAGGGUAAAAUGGAGUUUCCAGGUGCAUCAUCAAAAUAUGUUGUUAUGAAGGGCACACCAAAUAUAGAAGAAAGGAAGAAGGAUCUUUCGGUUGUAGAUCCUGUUUCUCAAAACCUGUUUCCGGAGCAGUAA